GUGCUGCGCUCCAUGAGGUCCCUCGACUUCAACACCCGAACACAGGUCACCAGGGAAGCCAUCAACAGACUGUACGAGGCGGUGCCAGGCGUGAAGGGCAUCUGGAAGAAGAAGGCUCCCAACAAAGCUCUCUUCUCCAUCCUGGGCAAGAGCAACCUCCGCUUCGCUGGCAUGAGCAUCGCUGUCAACAUCUCUGUUGAUGGGCUGAACCUCAUGAUCCCCACCACACGCCAGAUCAUCGCCAACCACCACAUGCAAUCCAUCUCCUUCGCCUCCGGUGGGGACACGGACACCACGGAUUACGUCGCCUACGUCGCCAAGGACCCCAUCAACCAGAGAGCCUGCCACAUCCUGGAGUGCUGUGAGGGGCUGGCGCAGAGUGUCAUCAGCACGGUGGGACAGGCCUUUGAGUUGCGCUUCAAGCAGUACCUGCAUAGCCCCCCCAAGGUGGUGGUACCCCCGGACAGGUAG